AUGUCCCAACCUAGUUUGAUUGAGCUAGUAAAGGUUGAGAAUUAUGCGUUGAGUUCGAUUCUCAACGCGUCGAUGCUCUAUAAUUUCCUGAUGGGGAUCUACACGAUAGUAUAUGCCGGGACACUCUACGUAUACCUAUCGAAACGAUCGUCCAGUACCGGUCGCUGGAUCGUUCUAACUUGCAUCUCUGCGCUCUACGUAUUCUCCGUCGUCAACUUUAUCCUCCACUGGACAUUCCUAUCCCGUGUAUUUAUUGCGCACGGAGACACUAAGACGUCCAUCUUCCUCGCGUCGCUCGUUAACCCGGCGUGGUUUGAUAUCACGGAUGAGCUGUGUCAGGGUCUCCCGCUUGUAAUUUCUGAUGCGCUUUUGACUUGGAGGUGUUAUCAUGCAUGGGGACAAUCUGUGAAAAUAGCAGCAGUUCUAUCACUACUGUGCAUUGCAGAACUCGCGCUGGGCAUUGCAUACGUCGUAUUCCAAUCUACAAGCGCGAGCGCACGCGCACCGCAUGUAGGCGUGAACAUAGAGACCGCACUGGCAUUCAUAUCCCUCCUCGCCACAUCCUCCGCCACAUUCCUGAUCGGAUACCGCAUCCGCAUCGUCUCGGACACCCUCGGCGGGCCUGUGAGACAAGGGAGAUCUAGUAGAGCGAUACGUGCGAAGGCGUACACACGCAUCGUGGUGACGAUUGUGGAAUCGUCCGCGGUGUAUGCGGUCGCGCUGUUCAUGUUUGCGCUGACGACUGUUGUGCCUGUCUUCCGCGACGCGGAGUCGCCGAUGUCGCAGGCGGGGUUGUAUAUCGAUGCUGUGUUGUUGAUAGUUGCGGGUCUGGCGCCGACUGUGAUGGUCCUGCGUUUAGCGCUGGCUAGCGCUAACUCCAACAAUGCGGCUUCGUCCAACACGCUAUCUAAUGUCGUCGGGGUAGAAUUUUACGUUUCUAGUCAUGGUGGGAAUACAGUGGGUACGGGUAUUGGCGCCCGUAGAGAGAAUAGCUGGCCGUCUCCCGUCGAAGGUUGUCAGAUUGACUACUCUCCGAAUGACCUAGAGAAAUAG